AGGUAUUACCAUUUAAAGAAACCUACUUGCCAGCAAAUCUAUGAUAAAAAAUAUAAGUAACAGAGGAAAUCGUAACUGUUAUUUGUCAAGUGACAAGCUUUUAAUGUCAGAAUGACUCACCUAAAGCGACUAGUGAAAUUACAUGUUAAAAGACAUUACCAUAAAAAGUUCUGGAAGCUUGGUGCAGUAAUUUUUUUCUUUAUAAUAGUUUUAAUUUUAAUGCAAAGAGAAGUAAGUGUUCAAUAUUCCAAAGAGGAAUCAAGGAUGGAAAGACACAUGAAAAACAAAAACAAGAUGCUUGAUUUAAUGCUAGAAGCUGUAAACAAUAUUAAAGAUGCAAUGCCAAAAAUGCAAAUAGGAGCACCUGUCAGGGAAAACAUUGAUGCUGGUGAGAGACCCUGUUUGCAAGGAUAUUAUACAGCAGCAGAACUGAAACCCGUUCUUGACCGCCCACCUCAGGAUUCUAAUGCACCUGGUGCUUCUGGUAAAGCAUUCAAGACAACCAAUUUAAGUAUUGAAGAGCAAAAGGAAAAAGAACGUGGGGAAGCCAAACACUGUUUUAAUGCUUUUGCAAGUGACAGGAUUUCUUUACACCGAGAUCUUGGACCAGACACGCGACCUCCUGAAUGUAUUGAACAAAAAUUUAAGCGCUGCCCUCCCCUGCCUACCACCAGUGUCAUAAUAGUUUUUCAUAAUGAAGCGUGGUCCACGCUGCUUAGAACUGUCCACAGUGUGCUUUAUUCUUCACCUGCAAUACUGCUAAAGGAAAUCAUUUUGGUGGAUGAUGCUAGUGUAGAUGAGUACUUACAUGAUAAACUAGAGGAAUAUAUAAAACAAUUUUCUAUAGUCAAAAUAGUCAGACAAAGGGAAAGAAAAGGUCUGAUCACUGCUCGGUUGCUAGGAGCAACAGUAGCAACAGCUGAAACGCUCACAUUUUUAGAUGCUCACUGUGAGUGUUUCUAUGGUUGGUUAGAACCUUUGCUGGCCAGAAUAGCUGAGAACUACACUGCUGUCGUGAGUCCAGAUAUUGCAUCCAUAGAUAUGAACACGUUUGAAUUCAAUAAACCUUCUCCCUAUGGAUUUAACCAUAAUCGUGGAAAUUUUGACUGGAGUCUUUCAUUCGGCUGGGAAUCACUCCCUGAUUAUGAGAAGCGCAGAAGGAAGGAUGAAACGUACCCAAUUAAAACACCCACCUUUGCAGGAGGCCUUUUUUCCAUAUCAAAAAAAUAUUUUGAUUAUAUUGGAAGUUACGAUGAAGAAAUGGAAAUCUGGGGAGGUGAAAAUAUAGAAAUGUCUUUCAGAGUAUGGCAAUGUGGUGGGCAGUUGGAGAUUAUGCCUUGCUCUGUUGUUGGACAUGUUUUUCGCAGCAAAAGCCCUCAUUCCUUUCCAAAAGGCACUCAGGUGAUUGCUCGCAACCAAGUUCGCCUUGCGGAAGUCUGGAUGGAUGAAUAUAAGGAAAUAUUUUACAGGAGAAACACAGAUGCAGCAAAAAUCGUUAAACAAAAAUCAUUUGGAGAUCUUUCAAAAAGAUUUGAAAUAAAACAGCGCCUUCAGUGUAAAAAUUUUACAUGGUAUCUGAACAAUAUUUAUCCAGAAGUAUAUGUGCCAGACCUUAAUCCUGUUAUAUCUGGAUAUAUUAAAAGUGUUGGUCAGCCUUUAUGUCUGGAUGUUGGAGAAAAUAAUCAAGGAGACAAACCAUUAAUUUUGUAUACGUGUCAUGGACUUGGGGGAAACCAGUACUUUGAAUAUUCUGCUCAUCAUGAAAUUCGGCACAACAUCCAGAAAGAAUUAUGUCUUCACGCAGCUGAAGGUCCCGUUCAGCUGAAGGCCUGUUCCUACAAAGGUCACAGGACAGUUGUCACUAUAGAACAGAUAUGGGAGAUCAAGAAGGAUCAACUUCUAUAUAAUCCAUUCUUUAAAAUGUGCCUUUCAGCAAAUGGAGAGCAUCCGAACUUAGUGUCAUGCAAUCCAUCAGAUCCACUCCAAAAAUGGAUAUUUAGCCAAAAUGAUUAAGUGUUCCUUAAAAUUAAGGAGUUGAAAAGGAGAUAUUCUUUCUCAUAAAACUGUGACUAGGCAUACACUGUAGUUUUUGAAAAUUAUGCAAAAGCAGCUAA